CGAAAUAAGAACUUCCUUCCAGCCCUCUACAUAUCAAUUUUGUUUCUUCAAUUUCCCACUUUCGCUCAGAGAAAAGUGUAAGAACUGACAAGAUGGUGGCAGAAAUCGAGACUCCGGCUUUCGGCCCCAUUCCACCAUUCGCCCACCAUGCAAUCACGUUCCACCUCCCGAAAUGGGCGCUGGCUCUCAGAUUCAUGGAGAAAGACAUGACGAUCUUACAACAACUCAAGGCAGUGUACCCUCGAAUUAUGCUUCAUCAGGAUGUGAAGGCCCUUAUUGCCAAGAUCGUCGAAAAGUCAGAAACGGAGAAUCAGACAUGUCUCCCCUUCCCAUCUCAAGCAGCGGCCGACGAAUGCGUUGCUUUUGCCACCUCAGAAGCUCGUGGCGAGAACAGAUGCAAACCAGAGGAGAUAUCCAUACGUCUCUUCGCAACCAAGACCAUAUACCUCUGGACGGUCUUCUUCCCUGCUCCUAAAGCACCAGCUGUGAUUCCCUUCUGGCAAAACAGCGGAACGGGAAUCUCUACCCGAGUGGCGGAGCAAUGCAUGAAGGAGAUUUCAGAUCUCAAGGAAAUUUCUCUAUGGUCGGGGAGUCCUACAACAUCCAUCAAGCAAGGACCAGCUCACGAGAUCCUCCGGGACCGCAUCUCCUCGCUCAUGAAUAGAGCCCCCGCAGGACCCCCACGAGAAACUCAGGUCAGCCCCGAAGAUGUUUACCUUUUCCAGACUGGGAUGUCGAGCAUCUACACCGUGCAUCGGUACUUGACCAAGAAAUUCAACUCACGCUCUGUGCUUUUCGGUUUCGCAUUCCACUCCACGCCUCACGUUUUUGAAGACUUUGGACCAGGGUCGAAGUUCUUCGGAAAUGGUGAUGCUGCUGACCUUGAUGCACUGGAGGCCUACCUACAAGAUGAAGCGAAAGAAGGAAGGAAGAUCCAAGCUCUCUGGACAGAGUUCCCUUCGAAUCCACUUCUUUCUGUGCCUGAUCUCGGACGAUUGAGGGAAUUAGCCGAUCAGUACGAAUUUUUUCUUAUUGUUGACGACACUAUUGCGAGUUUCUGCAAUGUAGAUCUACUAGGUGUUGCGGAUAUGGUGGCGAGUUCAUUGACGAAGAGCUUCAGUGGGUAUGCGGACGUGAUGGGUGCGAGUGCUGUUCUUAGUCCGACUGCCAAGCGAUAUGAAGAAUUGAAGAAGCUGAUGGCCGACAACUAUCAAAACGUUGUCUAUGAAGGUGACGCAGAAGUACUGGAGAAGAACAGUAGGAACUACAUCGAGAGAUCGAAGGUCUUGAACAAUAAUGCAAAAAAACUGGUUGAGUACCUGGGCAAUUUGGCCAAAGAUCCCAAGAGCAGUGUUGCGAAAGUCUACUAUCCGAACACCAGUGAGAACUUGGAUGCAUACAAGAAAUAUAUGAGACAGCCGACACAAGAUUUCGAGCCUGGAUAUGGUUGCUUGUUCAGCGUUGAGAUGGACACUGUAGAGGCAACAUCAGCAUUCUACGACAAUCUGCACGUACAUCAGGGACCACAUCUUGGAGCGCACUUGACCCUCACUAUACCGUAUGUGAAGGCUCUGUAUGGGAAGGAGUUGGACAAGGUGGGAGAAUAUGGCCUGAAUGAGAAGCAACUACGGGUCUCAGUUGGAUUGGAAGAUACUGAGGCAUUGAUUGAUGUGUUUAGGCACGCGUUGACAUUUGCUGAUGGCGUGAAGACCAAGAAGGAACCAGAGAUGCUGGCGAUGACCUGAGAAUAUUUGGAGUUAAGAUGAUAGAUGUGAUGAAUAUAGACUUCUAAACUACGAUGAAGAUCCCUAAAUAGUAUGUCUAGCUAC